GGAGUAUAAAAUUCGAAUAGAUUUUGUUGUUUGAGUUUGAAAAAUGGCAAUCACACUCUUUCCUUCAUUUGUUUGUUCAUCUUCUUCUAUUAGAAGGUGGGGUGCGAAUUUACCAAUUCGCCCUCCUUUUCAGUCGGUCGGUUCCGCCGCCGCCUUCCAGCACACUCUCGCCGGGAGCAGCAACUUCACGUGGAACGACGUCGUCGGCUUAUUCCCCAAUCAUGACUCUUCCGACCUCCGCGGCUUCUUCGGCAAAGUUGCUCUAUGCAAUCGCAAUUCUGAGAAGAUGUGUGAAUUUAUGCCGUUUGUGAUCGAAGAGCAGGUCGUUGGAUACGUUCAUAACGGGUUUGCUGACCAUCUGAGGACUUUUAAAGAUGUAUUCACUUACCCAGAAGACUCAUCUUAUGGCGGCAAUUUCGGAUGCCAUUUAGCAUUACAUCCAUUGCUGAGGACACCUGAGGACAGGACAAAAGCUGUUGCAGAUGUGGUCAAGUGCUUUGCUGACAGACUUAUUCCAGGAAUUCGAAAUGAGCUAUAUCCUGUUACGUCGUCUUUUGGGACACCAGAAUAUUUCUCUCUGGAGCGUGCAGCAGCACCAUAUUUUGGAAUAAAGGCUUAUGGGAUUCAUUUGAAUGGCUAUGUUGAAAGAGAGGACCAAGACUAUCUAUGGGUAGGGAAGAGAAGUAAUACAAAGUCCAAAUAUCCUGGCCAGCUUGAUCAUUUGGUUGCUGGAGGCCUGCCUCAUGGAAUAUCCUGUGUGGAGAAUGUUGUGAAGGAAUGCAAAGAAGAAGCUGGGAUACCACGUUUUAUUUCCAGCAAGGCCAAAGCUGUUGGAGCCGUAACUUACUCGGACAUUAAUGGAUAUAGAUUCAACAGAGAUGUUCUUUUCUGUUAUGAUCUGAAGCUUCCUGAGGAUUUUCUUCCUACAAAUGAGGACGGAGAGGUGGAAAGCUUUAGACUACUCCCUGUUGAACAUGUUGCAAAUAUCAUAAGAAGCACAGAGUAUUACAAGGCAAACUGCAAUCUUGUUAUUAUAGAUUUCCUGUUUCGCCAUGGGUAUAUCAAACCUGAAGCGCCUGGCUAUUUGAAGCUAUUGCAGAGUCUGAGAAGUGGAGAAUGUACAUAAAUUUUAUCCUUCACGUCAAAAAAGAUAAAAAAUAAAAGAUGAAAUCAUCCUUCACGUCAAAUGCUGGAACGGUUUUCUAGGUCCGAUUCACAAGUGGAGUUAAUGAGAAGGAAUUUAUAAUAUUUCAUUUGCAACAGAGUUUAAUGUUUCUUUAUCGAGUGUAACUCAGUUUUCUCUUGAACAUCAGAGCUCUGUAUUUGUGAAGUUUGAUCAAUUAUCUAAUAAAGACCUCUACUUCUACAUUUAAAA